GCCAGAGACUGCUCCUGGCUGUGCGGCUGGGGAUGCUGCUGCUUGGCCAUGGCUUCGGAGGAGUCCAUGGUGGUCGUCACCUGCACCGCGCCUGUCAACAUCGCGGUCAUCAAGUACUGUGAGUGCUGUGGGCACAGCGCCCGGGGUCGUCUCGCCGGGGUCGGGGUCGUGGUCUCCCGUCUGGGGAACGUGUCGCCCGGGCUGGGAUCAUGUCUCCUGUCCGGGGACCGUAUCUCCCGACCCGGGGCCCGCCGCGCUGGCCGUGCGGCCAGCCUGUGCCUAGAGACGGGGAAACUGAGGCAGGAGGGGCGCCGCAGGGCCUCUUUUCAGGCCCAAGGCCUGUUCAAACCGCCGGUUCUACGCGGCCUGUGGGCUCCCGCAGCAUCGCCCCUCGGCGUUGGGCCGAGACUCUCCCGCGGGGUCCCUGUCACCCGCUCCGCGCUCGUGUCUGCAGCUCCAUCAUGUCCAGAACGUCCUGUAAACGGAUUUGCAGAAAGAGAGGUUUGGGAUUCGGCUUACUCGAGAAAAAAGAAAAGGUACCUGGCUGGCAGCAGGCCCAGCACUGCCUCAGGGCCCUGUUGUCCCUCCCAGUUAAGAACCACUACGACAGCCGCCAUCAGCAAGGACUUCACUGAGGACCGGAUCUGGCUGAAUGGCAGGGAAGAGGAGGUGGGGCAGCCGCGACUGCAGGCCUGCCUGAGGGAGAUCCGCCGCCUGGCCCAGGAGAGGAGGCGCACACAAGAUGGAGGCCUGCUGCUCCCCAGCCUUGGGUACAAGGUGCAUGUGGCAUCGGUGAACAACUUCCCCACGGCCGCGGGCCUGGCCUCCUCUGCAGCUGGCUAUGCCUGCCUAGCCUACACCCUGGCCCAGGUCUAUGGGGUAGACAGUGACAUCUCAGAAGUGGCUCGCCAGGGCUCAGGCAGUGCCUGCCGGAGCCUGCACGGGGGCUUCGUGCUGUGGGACAUGGGGAAGCAGGCCGAUGGGAAGGACAGUAUCGCCCGGCAGGUGGCCCCUGAGACGCACUGGCCUGAACUCCGAGUCCUCAUCCUUGUGGUGAGUGCAGACAGGAAGCUGACCAGCAGCACUGCAGGCAUGCAGACCAGUGUGCAGACCAGCCCCUUGCUCCGGUUCCGGGCUGAGGCAGUGGUGCCAGCGAGACUGGCAGAGAUGAUACACUGCAUCCAGCAGCGGGACUUGGAGGGCUUCGCUCAGCUGACCAUGAGGGACAGCAACCAGUUCCACGCCACCUGUCUAGACACCUUCCCUCCCAUCUCCUACCUCAACGACACCUCCAGGUGCAUCAUCCAGCUGGUACACCGCUUCAAUGCCUACCACGGGCUCACCAAGGUGGCAUAUACAUUCGACGCGGGCCCCAAUGCUGUGAUCUUUACCCUGGAGGACACUGUGGCUGAGUUUGUGGCUGCUGUGAAGCACAGCUUCCCGCCCGAGUCCAAUGGAGACAAGUUUCUGAAGGGGCUGCCGGUGAGGCCCGUCCUGCUGUCAGAUGAGCUCAAAGCUGCACUGGCCAUGGAGCCCACCCCUGGUGGAGUCAAAUACAUCAUUGCUACUCAGGUGGGGCCUGGGCCUCAAGUCCUGGAUGACCCCCAUGUUCACCUCUUGGGCCCUGAUGGCUUACCGAAGCCGGCUGUCUGACCACCGCCUCUGCAGUCUCCCAGCACCACUGGGAGAAGGGUCACCGUGCUGGGACAGGUGGGGUUGCCGGCCUGCCCUUUUGGGACUUGGUUUCCUGGCUCUGGGUCGGCCAGCAUUGGGCUGUGGGGCAGUGGUGUGAGAGCUGCAGCCAUCCAGGCCAGCUGUGGGCUCCUCUCCUGUGUCACCUGUCCCCACUUGGAUGUGGUGCUUCAGUGAGAUGAGAUUGGUCAAGCAUGAGAAACAGGCAUGGAGUACCAGCGUGCUCUGGGCUGAAGGGCUUCCGGACCCUGAGCUCCAGCCACUCCCAGUGUGCCAGAACAGACUUUGGUGGGAGCCUGUCCCUCUGGGGUCCUGGUCACUAUGGGGCCCUCAGGAACCUCCCCAAGUGCUUCAAGGAUGAAGGCGGAUGGUGCCUCUGCUGCACCUUGGAGUCAGGCAGGGCUAUGGUGGAACAUUUCUUACAAAAAGAGCAGUGCUGUUUCCCAGCCAAGGGCAGGUGGCUCCAGCCAGGAUGGAUGGGGGCCAGGGCAGAUCUGGGUGCUUGGGAGCUGUGACUGUGGUGACCAUAGGAAUAAACCCAGCUCUGCUGACUUC